AUGUCCGACACCGAGAUGCACAAUGGCACCGGCAAAGCCAAGUCUGCCUGGACCGACAAAGAGCGCCUCGUCUACCUGCUCGGUGUCCUCGAGAGCGCGGGCACGAAGCUCGACUACAAGAAUGCUCCUCGUCCCAAUGGCCGUAGCGAGAUCGCGUGCGAGCGCAUGAUCGGACGCAUCAAGACGGCGUACAAGGCCGAGCUCGAGGCACUCAAGGCGGGUCAACCCUUUGGUAGCGAGUCCACUCCGCGCAAGAAGCCGGGUCGAAAGGCCAAAGGCGACAACGAGGGCACUCCGAGCACUCCCAAGCGCAAGGCCAAGGGUGCUGCUGAGGAGGGCGAGGACGAAGAUGGUGGCUCUCCCACGAAGAAGGGCAAGAAGGCGGCCGACGCUGAGAUCAAGGCUGAGGUCAAGGACGAGUUGGACGAUGAGAUGAAUUUGGUUGAGUGA